AUGUGGUCGUUAUCUGCUGGUAUUAGAAGAAGCACUGCUGGUGUUUUUCAACAAUCUACACGUCAUUUUUCAUGUUUGACAAAACCUAAUACACCAUUAGCAUCAUUACGAAAUAUAAAUGGUAGUACAGUCAAAAAUUUCGAUAUCAACAGUAUAAGCUUAAUCUCUGAUAAAAACCAAGCAAGCUCUACUCUUCAGCUUAUAUUUGGAUUUGUUCAAAAGAGAUUCAAAACCAGAGGUAAUACAUAUCAACCAUCGACGUUAAAAAGAAAGAGAACAUUUGGGUUUUUAGCAAGAUUAAGAACUAAGAAUGGAAGAAAGAUUCUAUCAAGAAGAAAGGCGAAAGGAAGAUGGUAUUUAACUCACUAA